AUGGGUUCAAUCGCAUCAGUGCUGCAAUGGCAUUGUCAGACGUGCGGCCAGAUCAACCCUACAGAAAGUGUAAAGUGUUUAAAAUGUGGCACAAAGCGGGUUUCGAGUCAUGACAGUGGUUCAUUUAAAGGAAAUUGCAGAGAUUCUUCCCCGGAACACACAUCAAGAACUGGUAAAAGCGAGGGAACUACACCAGGAUCCGAACCAAUCGUCAUUCCAACAGAAAACUGUUUUAACAGCGAAUGGUCGUGUGUGGGUUCGGCCCCGGAGCGAUCACGCGCAUGGCGGUGCGCAUGCGGGUUGCGCAACGUGUCUGCCGCCUGGCGCUGCGCUGCCUGCGAUGUCAUCGCGCCACAUGCGCCAGUCUACAGGCUAUCUGAUGAUGAGGACCAAGCUUCAGGGAUGACGGACGAAGAAAAGUCUGCUCAAGACAACACUAUGAUAAGGUCCAACACCCUUGCUGUCCCAUCAUCAUAUAAACCCACAACGAGCUACUCAGAUGGCCGUCGAUUGAACCUCGACUUGCAAUCCCUCCGUCUCUCUCCUACGCAAUUGUCGGAUCACGCGCAUGGUGUAACCCGAUCGCUGUCACACGGAUCCGUUAUAAACUCCCAGAAAAAGUGGUGGAACGUUAACGAAACUGCCAGAGGUACAAUUAACAGGCCAACCAGUUUGAUGGUUUCGGAAAGAUACGGCCAAAUAAAUCCUAGAGAGUCGUUCUUGAGAAGCCUUCACACUGUAACAAGAAGACCGAAGAAGUGUAAUGAGAGCAAAUCGAAUUGGGAGUUAAAUUACGUCAAAGAGUAUCAAAAAGAACAGAGCAAAGGUUUACACUUGAAGAAGUGGUCGUGUAGUAAGUGCACUCUGGAGAACUCAGGCAUAAGGACACAUUGUGAAGCUUGCCUGUCACCUAGGGUUUCUCCUCUCGCAAGGAUUCCUAAUUCAAGAGGACUUAGUGUGACUACUUUAGGUAGACAUGAGACUUCAAUGGGCAGAGAUGGCGCUACAUCUCUUCCUACUUCUGGAGGAGUCAUGAUCACGGUCCCAGAUUGGCCCACUGGGAGUACAACAUUAGGAACAAAUUUUCGUAGGUCCAUUAGUGCCUCAAAUUCUCCCGAAAUUCGUCCAAUGUAUCGACGUUCUUUCUCAGAGCAGACCAACACUGAAAAAGCAGUCGGUAAGGUGAUAUCGAGUAGGAGAAGUUUGAACGAAUAUCAGAAGUCAUUAGCGAAUUAUUGCGGGAGUUUGACGAAACCGGAGAUCAGGAAAGACCCCAAAAUCGAUGAGAAUAACAUCGACGUGAUCGAUAAAGAAUGCAGUUGGGAUACGAAUGCUGAAGGUGUUAUAUAUGCAUUGCCUAAUAAGGGAAAAUACAAAGAUUUGAAUCUACAGCUCCAAGUAAAUAAUAACGGAACUAGGUAUUCAUAUGUGUCUGUUCAGGACACGAAGACAGUCAUGAGCAAUUCUCAGAACGAGGCUUUGUACUCCAAUGACGUUAGUGAGGGUGAUUAUGCGAGGAUAGAUGAGCUAUUGGGAACGGAGAAUUGUAUGUCGCCUGUAAAUGACGUGGCUUCGAAUAUUAGGACUUCGCAUAUAGGGCUGCAACGGGAACAACCGAAGGUGUUUAAUAUGUUGCCGUCCGUGGGAAAAGUAUCUCACAAUCCUCGCGAGCCGUCUAAAGUGCCUUCGACACAGCUACAGGCCACACGGGAGAACCGCAUGUGGCAAUGCAAGGAGUGUUGGUUCGCGUACAACGCGUGGUGGGCGCGGUGGUGCGACGUGUGUCGUAGCGGGCGGCCCGCGCACGCCGCCGUUACUCUCGCCGCCAGGGAUGUCGUUGACGGGAAUCCUAAUAGUACGCGACCUACCAUCCAAUCGGAAGCCAGCAGUAGCAGCAAGCCGGAGUGCAAUCGCACGGAGCCGCCUAAGAAGCUGACCGUACCUAUCGCUUCUCUCGACCAUGAUCUGAACAGUGAUGAGUUAUUGUUUGCAGUCGAGCCCCCAGAGCCGCCGGAGCCGUCGGGCGCGUCGUGGUCGUGCGCGCGCUGCACGCUGGUGAACGACGGCGCCGCGCCCUCCUGCGCAGCCUGCGCCGGCGCGCGGCCGCACGACCACGCGCACUGGUCUUGCAGCUCGUGCACCCUACAGAACCCUCUGUCGGCGAGCUUGUGUCUCGCUUGCAAAACCCCGCCUGUACCCAAGCAUGGACUCGUCGUACCCAACAGUGACGCCAGCCAAGGCGCCAGUGGUCGGAGUCCAUCUCCUCGGAGGAGCAUCCGCCACACACCCGCCCUUCCUCGACGUGGCUCCAGACACAAAACACCGCCCCCAGAACCCAAGGCGGAGGUGACCGAGUGGCCUUGCUCGGAGUGUACGUACGUGAACAGCGGAGGCGCCGUGUCCUGUGAGAUGUGCGCGUCGCCCCGCGCGAGGCUGCUGCGCGCCGCUCCCGACCAGCCCUCGCUCGACGACGAGGAGUCGCCGGAGGGCUCUGACGGCGAGCGCCAAGAGAGUACUCCGAUGGAGAUCCUGCGUCUGAGCGAGGAGAGCCACGCCUGGACACAGUGGCAGGAGGUCCUGGCGCAGUGUGCCUCGACAGGGGAGCCCUACGUGGACUCCUCAUUCCCGGCCUCGCCCCGCUCGCUGUACUACAGUGGCGGAGCGGAGACGGGCGCCGCCACCAGGUGGUUGAGACCCCACCAGAUACAUGUGGAGUCAGAUCACCGACUCCCUUGGGUCGUCUUCCGGGAUCCAAGGCCUUCGGACAUAUCUCAAGGCGUGCUGGGCAACUGCUGGCUGCUGUCGGCGCUGGCCGUGCUGGCGGAGCGCUCGGCGCUGGUGCGCGGCGUGCUGGUGCGCGGCGAGCCCAGCCUGGGCGCCUACCAGCUGCGCUUGUGCAAGGACGGCCGCUGGCUCACCGUCACCGUGGACGACCUGCUGCCCGCCAACAAGAAGGGCCACCUCGUCUACUCGCAGGCAAAACGGAAACAGUUAUGGGUACCGCUUAUUGAAAAAGCGGUCGCAAAGCUACACGGGUGCUAUGAGGCUUUGGUCUCCGGGAGAGCCAUUGAAGGUUUAUGUACACUAACGGGUGCCCCGUGCGAGUCAGUCUCGCUGCAAGCAGGAGGAGCUGGGGGGGCAGGAGGGGGAGCCCCACUCGAGCAGUUGGAUCGGGACCUGGUGUGGGCACAGCUGCUGUCGUCUCGACAGGCCUGCUUCCUUAUGGGGGCUAGCUGUGGAGGGGGCAACAUGAAGGUUGACGAAGAAGAAUAUCAGCGAUUAGGCCUUCGCCCUCGUCACGCUUACUCUGUACUAGACGUGGUGGAAGUGUGUGUCUUUGCGACAGGAGCCGCUCCCACUCGUCUGCUGCGCCUGAGGAACCCUUGGGGCCACUACACCUGGAGGGGAGCCUGGGCUGCUGGCUGUACCAGGUGGACUGAUGCAGCGAGGAGAGCCGUCACUCCUCACGCCCCUACCGCUGAUGUUGAUAGAGAUCAAGGAGUUUUUUGGAUCAGCUUUGAUGAUGUUUUGAAAUAUUUUGACUGCAUAGACAUAUGUAAGGUGCGAGUGGGCUGGCACGAGGUUCGCCUGGCGGGGAUCCUCCCUCCCAUGUCGUCCACGAGGCACCUUACGUGUCUGCUCCUCACUGCCACGCAGCCUACCGAGGUAGACUUCACACUCUUCCAGGAGGGACAGAGGAAUUCGGCUAAAAGUCAACGUUCCCAGUUAGACCUGUGUGUAGUGGUCUUCAGGACCAAGUCCGGUCCGAGCGCGCAUGUUGGCAAACUUGUUGCACACAGUAAAAGACAGGUGCGCGGGUUCGUGGGCUGCCACAAGAUGCUGGAGAAGGGCUUCUACCUGGUGGUGUGCCUGGCCUUCAACCACUGGCACACGGGGCUGGAGCUGGCCGACAGCGCGGCCUGGCCCCGCCACGUGCUGGCCGCGCACUCGUCCAAGCCGCUGUGCGUGGAGCGGCCCGCGCUGCACCCGCACCUGCUGGCCGACGCCAUCAUCGGCCUCACGCUCGCGCGCGGACAGCGCCACGAGGGCCGCCAGGGCAUGACGGCCUACUACCUCACCAAGGGUUGGGCCGGUCUGGUGGUGAUGGUCGAGAACCGUCACACGGACAAGUGGAUCCACGUUAAGUGUGACUGCCAGGAGAGCUACAACGUGGUGUCCACGAGAGGUGAGCUCAAGACUAUCGACUCCGUGCCACCAUUGCACAGGCAGGUGAUAAUCGUGCUGACGCAGCUGGAGGGCAGCGGCGGGUUCUCCAUCGCGCACCGCCUCACGCACCGCCUGGCGGGCGGCGCGCGCCUGCACGACUGGGCCCCCCCCCGCCCCCGCCCCCGCCCCCGCCCCCCCGCCGCACGAGCCGCGCCACCGCCCGCCGCUCGCGCGCCGCCUGCACGGCCUGCACGCGCCCAGGCUCAUCACCUAGCCGCCCGCACCUACACCUACACUACAAUUAAAAUGAACUUACAGGCGAUUGCGGAAACGGGGGCGCCAAUAGACACAUACAAAAUUUACCUAUUUUCGAACAAAUGUAUAAUUAUGUAG